CACAUAGCGGACUGCACUCAUGUUUGCUAAUGUAUUAAAUCUGCUGCAUAUUAUAUUGAGACUCUGUAGUGCUUUUUAGCUUCUAAAUGGCUGCCUUUCACAUGAUAAAGAUAUGAGCUUAAACCGUGAAAUAGACAGAAUUCCCCGUCCAUCCACACCCUGAUGUGAGAGUCGGAGAGGAAGGCGCUUCCCCCUGAGCUCAGACCGGAGAGGAAGGCUCUUAUUCGGUCAGAUGGCGUGCCGCAGUCCGCCCACGCGUUUCUCGCGCCCACACGGGCAGCGAAAGGAGCGUCAUUAACUCAACGCUACUGCCAGCACAGCAGAGCAUAGCCGAGACAACACAAGAGUUUCAAGAAUAUUUUAGUUCAAUCUCACAUCUGUAGAAUAAGGUCUAACAAGCACAGAAAACAAAUUAAAAUUACGUGUUAGAGGCGUAAAGAUACAAUUCUAUUAACAGAACGAGAAGUUUGACUGAUUUUCAGAUUAGUCACAGAAGUAAAAAAUCUAAUAGAUCGGGUCGUUUCGGUUGUGGAAUCUCAAGUUUUUGCUGGAUCCUGUCCUGGAUUCUGUCCUGAAACCUCUCGAGAGCCACAGCACUGAUUAAUGGAAAAGAAGACAGCAUCUCAAGACAAAAAAAUUACACAUUUUUUUCGUUUCAGAACAUGUUUUUGAGUUCCACUGAAUGUGAAACACAAAAAUGUAUUUUGUGUAAACCAGCCCUGAAAGAUGUUCUGAAUACAAAGCUUGACUUACUCUUUAGGAAACAAGCAACGUUAGCAAAGUUUUGUGCUGCUGUAGAGUAAAUUGUGAUUUUGGUGGUGGAUCCUCGCAUUAACUAAAAUGUUGUCCAGAACAAUUCAGACAAUUCAAAUGAAGUCAUUAUUUAAACCGAGUAUCAGGAUGUCAUUACCACGGACGCUGGGUGAGCUACAGCUCUACCGAGUUUUACAAAGGGCUAACCUGCUGAUGUACUAUGACACCUUCAUUCAGCAGGGAGGUGAUGAUGUCCAACAGCUGUGCGAGGCUGGCGAAGAAGAAUUUCUCGAGAUCAUGGCACUAGUUGGCAUGGCCACAAAACCCCUGCAUGUGCGGCGUUUGCAGAAGGCUCUGCGCGACUGGGCAGCAAACCCAACGCUGUUUAACCAACCCCUGGCCACCAAUGUGGCCCCUUGUGGAAUCCCUCUUCUUAGGAUCGACAGCGCCAGCGCUGCUGGCUCAGGGGUUAUGGGUCCCAGAAAAUCUUUAAGCAAUGGUCAACCAGGCUCUCCAUGUGAAAGAGAAGAAGUAGGAUCUUGCCUUACACCACUCAGAGAUAACAGUCCAAAGAGCCCCUGCUCACAGGCCUCUCCUGUACCACCAGACCAUCUGUACAGAGAAAAAUUGUCCCCCAUGGAUCCGCACUGGCUUAGUCCUGAAGUGUAUGGAGCCAAUGAUUUAGAUGAAGAACAACCUAUUACCCCUCUGCCUUUCGCUUGCCACUCACGUCUUCUGGGACCUCCUACGCCAACUUCUUCUUCAUCGUCCUCCACUAUAACCUCUCCAUGGCCUGGAGGUCAGCUGGACCCAGAAACCAUCAAAGCUGUGGAGGAAAGUGUGGAUAGGCUUCUAAGAACCAUGCCGCAAGCAGAUCAAACCGAGGUGAAAACGCUUUUGAGACUUAAUAAGAAAAUGGCCAAGACAGUUGGACACAUUUUUAACCUGGAACCUCAAGACAAGAGCAAAGAGGAAGAGAUUCGCAAAUACAGUCUGAUCUAUGGCCGAUUUGACUCCAAGAGGAGGGAAGGGAAACAGCUCACCCAUCAUGAGAUGCUCAUCAAUGAGGCUGCGGCUCAAUUCUGCAUCCGUGAUAAUGCUCUGUUGUUACGCAGAGUUGAACUGUUCUCUUUAGCACGACAAGUGGCAAGAGAAUGUGCCUACACAUCAACAUUUAAACAUAACAGGACAUACUCAGAUGAUUGUACUGCCUCUGUUGACUUUACUGCUCAGAAGAGAAUCAAGCUUGAUGUCACAGAUUCUGACAGACUGUCUAAGGACCCAGUAGCCAACAGUGACAACAGAUCUACAGCAGAUGACAACAGUCUUUCUGGAGAAAGUCUAGACAGUUUAACACAAGAUAUCAGCCCUCAGUUGCACCCCUCCUCAUCCCCUCACCCCCUCACCGACACCACUGGCCUCAUCAACUGGAGUCGCCAGCUCAUGCAACAAACUCUCAUGGAUGAGGGCCUCAGAUUGGCUAGAAUGGUGUCACGUGACAACGCAAGCAAAGUCAGCCUAGGGUCAGAAAAGAGAGAGAUUUCAGAGAUGGAAGAGAAAGAGAGGAGAGGAUCGAGUAACAGAAGCAGCAGUCCAUCAAACGCCAAAGACGAUCCAUAAUUGACAUUCUGCAAGUCAUCAUGUUGAACUCAGGUUGGAUAUCAUAUCUAAAUGCAGCCGUGGUGUUCGGUUCGCUAUGUUGAAUUGUCCUGUUCUAUAUUUUGUACGCAUUAUUACUUGUAUGCACCUUAUCAUGUUCUGUUAGAACAUUUAAAGACAUUUGGCGGAAAGUUGUUGUGUCUUUGCAAAUGAAAUUGGAAGCACACACAGAUUAGCACAAGCAACAAGUGUUACAAAUACAUUCCAUAUUCUCUGUCAGGAUACUUUGACUUAUAAGUAAAAAAAGUCAGUAAAAAGCUUCAAUGGUGCUAAAUUUGUGUCAAACAAAUUAGAGAAUGAAACUGCAUCUGUAUCCAUUUCCUAAACCUUAAUUUAUUAGCACAGAUUACAUGCUUUUUGUUCUAAGCAGAGCUGUGAGGCACUGUGAUGAGGGUCUCAUUCCAUUUUCUUAUUUUGAUGGAAUUCUAAACAAAAGUUUUGGAGGAGCAUGUUUAUUUAAUCCAACCAAUCACAACGCUAGAAUAAACAUAUAUAUAUAUGCUCAAAUACUUCAUUAUGUACAGCGAGCAAAUACGUUUACAAGCCUGACCCUGACAACCCUGACACUAGUAAGUUACUGAUGCAGUAAAUAUUAAUAUAUCAACUCUAAGUGCACAAUAAAUUUUCACAAAAUGUAAAAGAUUCAAGUGAAUC